GAAACAACAAAGGCAUUAAGCCUUGAGAGCAUCGUGCCAGUGUAUUUUCUAGCAUGAGCAGUAUUAAACGCACUGUCCUAUUUGCCCAUCUACAUGACAUCGCCGCUCCUCAUCAUCUGGGCUCAGCAAUCGCCUCUGUCACCGCGGCUACCACAGAGGCCUUGGUCAUCGUCUUGGUUUCUCAGCUAUUCCGUACAGCAGAAUCGCCAUCCAACCGCGUAAAACAGUGGGAUAAUGUCCAAAGGCUUUUGACAUACGUCUAUGUCAAAGCAACCAAGGCAGCCCAAGACUUGGGAAAGGUUUUACUAGACAUUAGCGUCAUGCUUAAGGACCCUUCAGGAAGUUUCCCAAGUAACUUCGGGAAUAGUAUGGAUAUGUGCUUUCGAAUCCAGGGCGACCCCCCUGUAGUCCAUCUCCCCGACUCUAUUGAGACCCUUCCCCAAGUGUUUGUCGUUCCAGAUAAAGUCAUUGAAGCUCACCGGCACGUACGUGUCACUCCUAGCUGUGAUACCUCCCCAUCAUCAUAUCCCGUCGUCGCGCUUGGUGGUACUUUCGAUCACUUGCAUGCAGGACACAAAAUUCUGCUCAGCAUGGCAGCCUGGAUAGCCAGUAGUAAGGUCAUUGUCGGAAUCACAGAUGAUGAGCUGUUGAAGAAUAAAUCGAAUAAGCAUGUCUUGGAGUCAAUGGCCGUACGCAUUGAAAAAACACGCUCUUUCCUGCAACUCUUCCGUCCUGACCUUGAGUAUGAACUUGUUGCCAUACGGGAUGUGUAUGGACCUACCGGUUGGGAUCCUAAUAUCCAGGCGCUGGUAGUCAGCGUGGAGACUCUACCUGGCGCGGAGUCAAUUGACAAAAAACGUUCCGCCGAAUCAUUGCCUCCCCUUCGUACAUUCGUCAUUGAUGUUAUUUCUUCAGAAAGCGAAAAGCUGGACCAUGAGGACAUGGAGAUGUUGAAGCAGACAAAGUUGAGCAGUACAUUUAUUAGGAACUGGAUCGUGAAGAACACUGUAUAACUUUGGUGUCAUUCGUCGUAGAUGUAGAUCAAGCCUUUACCCGGUCCACAUGGUUUAAACAGCUUCCCAUAUAUGUCCAAUGUCGUGUACAACAUUCACUGCCUAUAAGUACUAUACAACGGCCCGCUGGGCAUCCCAGGACCCUUCUUUGCACUCUUUCUGUUAUAUUUCCUUUUCUCCGAUUACCAAUCAGUCAUAGCCAAACCUGCUAUCCUAUC